AUUUUUGAAUAAGCCCGCUACAUUUCCGCCAUAUUCCCAUCUGAACAUCGUUAAGCGUGGCUAAUCACACUAGAAAAAGAAAAAUGAGCAGCUCAGAGGAAGUCUCUUGGAUCUCAUGGUUUUGCGGUCUUAGAGGCAAUGAAUUCUUCUGUGAGGUUGAUGAAGAUUACAUCCAAGACAAAUUCAACUUGACUGGUUUGAAUGAGCAAGUACCACACUACCGACAGGCCCUAGACAUGAUUUUAGAUCUUGAGCCAGACGACGAACUUGAUGAUAACCCAAAUCAGUCGGAUCUUAUUGAACAGGCUGCUGAAAUGCUGUAUGGCCUUAUCCACGCUCGCUACAUUCUCACCAACCGGGGUAUAGCACAGAUGAUAGAGAAGUACCAAGCUGGCGAUUUCGGCCACUGCCCUAGAGUGUACUGCGAGAGCCAGCCCAUGCUGCCCAUUGGGCUGUCAGAUGUUCCUGGGGAAGCAAUGGUCAAGUCUUACUGUCCGAAGUGCAUGGAUGUGUACACACCUAAGAGCUCGCGCCACCACCACACAGAUGGAGCCUAUUUCGGGACUGGUUUCCCUCACAUGCUCUUCAUGGUGCAUCCAGAGUACAGGCCCAAGCGGCCAUCAAAUCAAUUUGUGCCCAGGUUGUAUGGAUUCAAGAUUCAUCCUAUAGCCUACCAAAUCCAACAGACGGCUGCCCUCAACUUCAAGACCCCACUGCGACUCAGCUACAACAAUGGCAAACGCUAAGCGAUCUUAAAGCAUAAACUUAUUUCGAAGCGACCAGUUAAUGAGAAAUUAUCCCACAGGGGCAUUAACUUCUUAAAUUUAAUCAUUUGAACGCAAAAGCAUCUCACAAGUUUUGUCAAGGAAAUGCAGGAAAUCGAGCAUUUUCAGCUCUUACUUUUAGUCUGACGCCUCAUCUAGUGUGACUGCUGCCAUGGUUUCUUUGACCUUGCUUGUUUGAUGUGAGACAACUUAUUUUCUCAACUUGAUAGCAUCAACUAUCCUUUCGCAAAAAGGCGAUGCAAAUAUAACCUUACUUUGAAUCAUCUCUUUUGAAAAUAUUACUAUUAUAAUUAUCAAAACUAAAACCGAACCUUCCUGGACGUGAAUGUUAUUUGUUGGGAUGUUGUUCAAAUCAUGUGCAUUUUCUGUCUUGCAACAACAUCCAAUGCUGUGAAAGUGGUCAAACGUUUUUACUUCUAGAGGUGCUAUACAGCACUUUCACCCCCCUCCCCCUGUUUUCACAGGACAGUCGGCUACUUAUAGAAAUUAAGCAUGGUACACACCCACCUGACUGUGCCUGUAUAAAUUGGGUCCAGUGAAUUAUUCUUUCCUUUAAUUUUAUUACUCUCAAUCUAACAUGUCUUCUAUUUGAGUUUCAAGAGAUGAAAAUGUUCUCCACUGGCUAUGCGAUGCAUUCGGAGAACACUUGGCUCGCUCUGUGCCGUAAUUUCUUGUGCGAAAAGUAAGGCACUGGUAUUGACCAAACCAUGGGCUCAAGAUUUUGUCAAUGGCUCAGUGCUGUGAAUUAAACCAACAUCCUGCAGCUCAGAAGUGUUGAAUGAACGAAUUAAUAAGUGUAACAGUAAAAGUAACGAGAAAAUGCAUUUGCACCUCUUGAUAUAUUAAUAUAAUGGAAUUUCUUGGACAGGCGAAUUGCUUUGUUCCACCUGUAGAUGCCAACUCAUUCCCAUUAUUAUCUUUAAAAAUCACUGUUGUAAUUUCAUUUUUAAAGCUGGUGUUUGCUGCAUUGAGGAAAAAAAUCAGUGUUAAAUAUGAUUAGCAGAAAUGAAAAAGUUAUGUUGAUGACAGUCAUCAUUAACUGAAAUCUGGUAUGUUUAGGCUUUAAUUAAUAAAAGUUCUUGAAUAUGAUGAU